UGACGAGCGAACUGACAGACUAUAUUUACAACAUGUAUAUUAUAUAUCUCGUCUGUUGUGUGGUGAUGGUGUAUGCCGACCCGGCUAAGGAGGCCCAGAAGGAGGAAUACUGCACAGACCCCCGCACAAUGCAGACCCACGCAGCAUACACCGAAUGGGCAGACGCUUAUUCCUGCACGCGGCACCGCUGUCAGCCCGGCGGACGGAACCUGGCUAUAUACACUGUCGGCUGCAAGCGUGUGGAGGCUCCAGAAUCCGCCAUAGAAUGCGAAGAAGUGGUCGAGGAUACUAACAUGCAGUUCCCUUAUUGCUGCACCCGACUAAGAUGCUUGGUGGUCGUCCGCGGUGAGGUCUGGACCCGAGUGCUAGGACAACCCUGGGAGACCCUGCCGGCAGCCCCCUGGAGCCACAUGUACAAGAUGAAGAAACCGCCCCCUGGUGACAACAGCUUCUUACCUAAAGGCGGCCCCGUCCCGGGCCCCGUGUACGAGCUAUCCGAGGACAAGGCCGUGGACCGCCGCACCAACCUCGACGAGAAGGACUGCGACAAGCCCGUGAAGAGGGCGUCAGCGCCGCCUCCGGGACCCGAUAUAGUGAUUGCUCUCACGACCAACAAUGAGAAGAAACCCACUGAAGGAGAAAUACAAAGCAAGUUCCUGUCUCUAGCGGACGAUUCUGAUCAGCCCAAUGAGAUUGAAGCCGAGGAAUCACACAUCGUCACUGAAAAGGUUCCAGAGAUAAUUUCGGAGGAGCGAAUGUUUCCUUCAGACAAGAAAACACCGAAAGAUCGGAAACCGAAAUUCCCGGAUACAGACGAUGAGAUGAACUAUAAAAAGUUAAAAGAAUCGAAACCACACAAGUUUCCGGAUACAGACGAUGAGAUGAACUUUAAAAAGUUAAAAGAAUCGAGACCCCACAAGACAUCUCUAUUCGGCCCGCGGGCAUCAUCUGACGAGCAGUAUACCAAUAUGAACAAAAGAGGGAAAAACCACAAGGCUGACGCAGUAUCUGAGGAACGUUACUUUAGGAAUCCAGAGAAAAAAAGUGCAAGAUCCUGGGCCCGCAUCCCUCAAGAGCAGUGGAACGCGAGUCCGACCGCGCGAGCGCAGGCGCAGCCCGACUACGAGAAAGAACCUGACAACCGAGUUAAGGUACAAUUGUUAAAGGCCGAGCAGCCCUCCAACGGCGAAUCAGAGGAGAAACAAGAAGGCAAGCCAGCGUCGCUCCAGCACUUAGUCAAUGCUAUAGGAACGCGCAUGCGCGACAUCGAGAACGUCGUUCAACAGAUGAGCGAGAAGGUGCAGCCUUCAAUAGAAAGCGCUGAAAGAAUGAGAGGAGACCGAGCGAAGAAAGAGGCUCAGCCGAAAGCGAAACAGACAGAUUCUGAUAACUAUAACAGAUUCCCCCCAAAAGAAGGCUCCAGCAAAUAUCUCCGCGCCACCGUAGACACCACCACGGAGGUCCCUCUGUUCAUCGGGGACAACCAGAACGGGUACUUCAGUGACCCCAGCAACAACCUGCUGCGGAGGUCUAUGAACAACAAGGGCCCUAAGGAACCCCAUGAAACCUACAUGGUACCCGUAGAUACGGACCACGGGGACCACAAGAAACCUCUGCCGGACUCAGCCGAACCAGACCUCAAACACAAGAAACACGGCCACAAGAAGAGGAAAUCUAAGCACGGGAGAAGGAAGCACAGAAGAGAAGAGAAGAAGUUCAGCAGAAUGGCAGAGGGAAAUGCUGUGUCGCUUGAGGACAGCAAUGACUUCGGUAAGGCAUGACUAGUGCGGCGUUACCUUACUGGCGAAGUCGGUAGGAUCGUGAGUUCGAAUCCGGUAGGAAAUGUAGAAACGCCAACGUUCUAUUGGAAAUAAAUACAGUAUCAGAUAAAAUAUAUAAACAGAAUUAAAAUAGGAACACUUAACUGAAAAUCGUAAUUCAAAACCAAAAAAAGUAAGACAAUGUUGCCACUGUAAUAAUUUGUUUGUAAAAAUAAAAAUAAAUAAAUAAUUUAGCCUAUAUACGUCCCACUGCUGGGCACAGGCCUCCUCUCAAGCACGAGAGGGUUUUGGCUAUAGUCCCCACGCUAGCCCAAUGCGGAUUGGAGACUUCACAUACACCUUUGAAUUUCUUCGCAGAUGUAUGCAGGUUUCCUCACGAUAAAAAAUAAUAAAAAAUAAAAUGUAAAAUAGUAAAUUCCUUUUUAUAAAUGAUCACGCUAAGAUUAUUUAUUGAUAAUUUUACUCCUACGAUUUAAAAAAGUACUUUUAUUUACUUAUUUUUACAUAAAUACAAGACGCGCUAAUAAAAAGUGGCAACAUUGUCUUACUUUUUUUGGUCUUGAAUUACGUUUCGCAGUGUAGAGUCUGUCUAAGCUAACUCUGCACCGACUUAGAUAGAACAGAGUGAACGAAUGAUAUAAUAAAUGUCAUAUUUUCAUAGAAAUUUUACAUUUACAUUUUUUACAUUUUUUAUAGACAUUUUAUAUUUGACAUAGCAAAUGGCAUGCAGAGUUAGUUUCAUCCGACUUUAGGAGCAAUAGGAAGAAAUAUCGCUAAGAAGCGAUUUCUUCCAAACAAUAUUCAGAUAGUGAUAUAGGGAAAAUAAAUCAGUUAUUACUUAUUAUUUAUUAAAUAAUACAAAUAACUACAAUAAGUAUAAAAUGUGAGUGAAUUGAAUAAGCUAGCGAAUAGCCUUAGCCCGAAAAACCGGUUUUAGUAAAAACCGGUUUAUAAAUUGACCAAUCGAACUAUCGUUUUGGAAUCUUGCCUAGGGUUAUCGUCGGAACACGUAAUUUUGAUACGUAUUGUCCCAAAAAGGAUUCCUCAAUUUUCGGAAGAGGAGAGGUCCAAAUUCUGUAACUUUAAAAUCUGGAGCUACCGGUAAAAUAGAGAGAUAACGCUGGUCACCCUAUGUCUGGAAUAUGAAAAACAGUUCAGACUGAUAUUUUAAGGUAUACUCAUAUUGUAUGAUUUGUACAUUGAGGUAAUUUCAAGAGCGGGAUAGGUUCGUAACUUUGAAAUUCGCUAAUAUCUACUAAACCAGAAGGACUUUAUACUUUGGCAACUUUAGAGUAAAGAGUGCUUUGUUUAAUAGGUUUGCAAUUUCCUGAAGACGAAACAGGAGCUGAGUUUUAAAUAUUUUAGGUAAAAUAUACCCGUCUCGCUAACGGAAGCGGCACCUAAAAGUAGUGCGAUAAGGACAAGGCGAAAAAUCUCAAAAAUCGAGGUUUCGUACUCCUCUGUUUCCUCCUCCAAAACUUAACCAAUCGUAACUAAAUUUGGAAAUCUAAAUGAUUAUGAAAUUACCUGUGUCGGACCGUUUUGCUUUUUUGGCUAAUUGAUAUCAGUUUUGAAUGCCACGCCUCUCAUUGCGGCAUAGUCAAUUAGGCCAUUUUGGCCAUUUUUGAAGGGCUCUAGCGCCUUAAAAACAAAAAUAUCAAAAAAAGCAACACGGUCCGACACAGAUAUUGACAAUAUUAAUCUGUGUUGAAAAAAUCAUUGCUCUAGCUUCAAAAACCACGGAGGAAAACGAGGAGUACGUUUGUAUGGAGAAAUGACCACUCCUGUUGGCUCUUAAUUACCCCACAUUCGAAGUUAUCCCAUCGCACCUUACGUCUUAAACAUACAAAGCCAGCUUUCGCUAGUUUAUUAUAACAAUUUCCUCUAUUUUUCCGUAGUUAUGUAAGGCCUAUGCCUUCGUAGUUAUAGAAGUCUGUUUUAAUAACAAAACUUUCGUGAGACACAGACAUAUUAAAUAUAUUAAGAACGGGUCACUCACGUAU